CGCUGUGCGGUCGGUGUGGGAGGCGUCGGCCUCGAGCGCAAGCAAACACCUCACGGGCCCUCCUCUCUCCUUCUCCCAGUCAGCCCAUUCGCUUGCGAGGGCUUUUUUGAUUGGCUUUCCUAUAAGAUCUCAUCUCUCUCGAAUCCAAGCGUGAGAUCGGUCAUGUCGAGUUCCACCGUCUCUUCAGGAAAUCCAUGGGUUCCACGUUUGGCUUCUCCGCCGGCGCCAAGGAAGAGUUAUCUUCGGGCCCCGAAAAAACUAUCGAGCGGGUCGUGGCCGGUUGGGAGACGGAUCGCUUGCGCAUGCAGCGCCCCUCCGCGGAAUUGGGGCGACGGACGUUCUGCUUUUGAAAGCCAUACUUCACCCUUGUCCAAGGGUUGGGAAGCGGGAACAGAGUUUAAGGAAGAACCUAAAGUCCUUAUCGAGUGUAGAAAUGUCCAUAAAUCUUUUGGGGACAAACAAAUACUGAAAGGAGUUAGCUUCAAGAUUAGGCAUGGGGAAGCUGUUGGAAUAAUCGGGCCUUCAGGAACUGGCAAAUCAACCAUUCUGAAGGUCAUGGCUGGGCUUUUAUCACCAGACAAGGGUGAAGUUCUUAUAUGUGGUAGACAGAGACAUGGAUUGGUCAGUGAUGGAGAGAUAUCAGGUCUUCGGAUCGGCCUGGUGUUCCAGAGUGCAGCGCUUUUCGAUUCUCUUUCAGUGCGAGAAAAUGUUGGUUUUCUAUUGUAUGAAAAUUCAAAAAUGUCAGCAGACCAGAUUUCACAACUUGUGACAAGGAACUUAGAAGCUGUUGGUUUGAAGGGAGUAGAAGACCGUAUGCCUUCUGAACUCUCCGGAGGCAUGAAAAAGCGUGUGGCAUUGGCUCGAUCCAUUAUUUUUGAUGACACAAAGGAGGUGAUAGAACCAGAGGUGCUUUUGUACGAUGAACCUACGGCAGGACUUGAUCCAAUUGCAUCCACCGUCGUUGAAGAUCUAAUACGGUCUGUGCAUAGCAUGGGACAAGAUGCUCUUGGACAGACAGGAAAGAUAGCAUCUUAUGUUGUUGUAACGCAUCAGCACAGCACCAUAAGAAGGGCUGUUGAUAGGUUAUUAUUUCUCUACGAUGGAAGAAUUGUAUGGGAAGGAAAGACUGAUGAAUUCAAUACAUCGAUGAACCCUACCGUUAGACAGUUUGCAUCAGGUAGCUUGGAUGGUCCAAUCAAAUACUAAUGUAGAUUUAACUCCUCAUCGGUGACGGUAUUUUUGUCUUGGCGCAGCAAUUUGUCUUUUCAGCAAGCAUGAUUUUUGUAUUUUGAUGGCUUCGACCUAGUUGAUGUGCAUUACUAUUGAUACAUUGUCGCAUCCAACAAUAAUAUAUAUAUAU